AUGAGGAAUGGGGAACCUAUGGAUGUAGCUGCUCCACUGAUUAUUCCUUCGCCCCCACGAAAUUCGAAGGAAAGUGACUUGUUACUAGACGAGCUGCUGAGAAAAAUCAAGAAUGGAUUCAAUGUGAAAGAUGCCAAGAUGUCCGACGUUCUAGCCGCUUAUGAGAGGAAAAUCUUGAAUUUGGAGAGAAGAGAGCGAGAGUUGGAGUUGUUGGUCUCAGCAAAAGAUCAAGCUAUAUUGCAAAGUGAGAAAUUACGGGUGCAAUUUCGAGGCGGCAAUAAUAACGAGACUGAGAUGUCUCGUAUCCGGUCACUAGUUGCCGAUUGCGAAACAUUGCGAGAAAAAGUAGAAUUAACCAAUAAGGAGUUGAAGUUAACGCGGCAACUUCUAGAUGAAAAAACUGCGGCAUUGCAGGCAGACUUAGAACAAGUGAAGCAGGAGCGGGAUGACUUGGCAGUCGAGAAUGGACAAGAGAGGGAGCUCGUUUUAGCUGCUAACAGAUUAACUGAUGAUCUCAAGAAGAAACUGGAAUUAACAUCAUCCGCCCUUGUUGAGCGUCAAAACGAAGUCACGACUCUUAAUCGGGAAAAAGCUUCACUCACUGAUUCUCUAAACAAAGCAAAUUCUGAGCUGUCUGCUCUUCAACAAUUGCAUGCUACCGAGGUGAAGAGGCUCAAUGCUGAUGUUAUACUUCGCAACGACACUAUCGAUAAGUUAUCGCGUGAGGCGGAAGCGAUGCAGACAAAAUUGCAAGCCAAAGAACAGGAGUGUGAAAACUACAUGAAAGAGCUGGAUUCCGUACGAUGUCACGAUCAAAAAACGCAAGCUGAUUUGGAACGAAUGCGUAAGCUGAGGGACGAAAUGCGGAAGCUUACAGAGGGAUUUGACUGA